AUUCAAAGCGUCGUUAACAUUAAAGUGAAUUUUCAUCUCCCGAUAUGAAAAGAUAUAACAUCAAAAACUUGAUUACAUUACUUUUAGUUUGUUUGUCAGUAUAUUGUGCAACAGCUACGUCUAGCUCUCGAUGUAAGCUAAAACGAUAUGCCCAUAAGGCUGUUCAAACGGAUUUCAAUGGUUUACGAUGCUGGGAUGAUGUGAAGAUCAUGUCGUGUUGGGGAUACUGUCUCUCCUAUGAAAUAUCGCACUGGCAGUUCCCAUAUAAAGAAUCGCAUCAUCCAAUAUGUGUACACGGUGAAAGAAAGCACGCAUCCGUAAUUCUCCGUCAUUGUGAUCCUGGUGUUGAAGAUGGUACAGAAGUAUAUCACUAUGUGGAAGCAGCUAGCUGUAAAUGUCAAGUAUGCUCUUCGGAGGACACUAGCUGUGAAUGGCUCCCACCGGAUUCUACUCUUAUUGAAGGGUUAACGAGAGAACGUUUAGAAGACAUGGAUUAAUUUUAUCUCGUGGAUUGUAGAAAAAUAAAAAAUAUUAGUAUCUAGUUCAUAAAGCGAGUUACACUUUUUUAAAUAAAUUAUUAAAUGUA